AAAAAAAAAAAAAAAGCUCACAUCGGACGCCCGCUGAAGGAGGAUAUACAACUUUUUUUUUUUGGGUGAAAAGAGACGAAAGGCGGGGUUGUGAUCUAACGGAGGAUUCCUCUUCGCUGAGCCGGGAGGAGUGCGCACGGCGCCGGGUAGCAGAUUGACCCGCAGGACGGCACCUCUGAGACAAGGUUAUGACGGAACUGAGCUGAACAUGGAGCUUUUCUGGAUUUUGUUAUUUUCUAGUGUCUAUCCUUUUGCCCGGGGCCAAGGAGUUUAUGCUCCAGCCAACGCCCAGAUCGUGCACUCAGGCGCAGCGUGUAACGUCAAGGAAGAUAACAUCAGUGAGAGAAUCUACACCAUCAAAGAAGAAGACACACUAGUACUUCAGUGCAUUGUUAAAGGACACCCACGACCACAGGUACGGUGGACAAAGACGACUGGCAGUGCAUCAGAAAAGUUCCAGGAAACAACCAUCUACAACGAGACGAUGCGCAUCGAGGGCAUUAAAAGGCGGUUGGGGGGUCGCUACUACUGCAAGGCCGACAACGGGGUGGGGGUGCCUGCCAUCAAGUCCAUCCGCGUAGAUGUGCAGUACCUUGACCCACCUGUUCUGACGGUGCACCAGACCAUCAGCGAUGUGCGUGGCAGUUACUACCAGGAGAAGACGGUGUUCCUGCGUUGCACCGUCAACUCCAACCCUCCCGCACGAUUCAUCUGGAAACGCGGGAACAUGCUCAUCGAACAGAGCAAGGACAACGGAGUGGACAUCUACGAACCGCUUUACACUCAGGGUGAGACCAAAGUGCUGAAGCUGAAAAACCUCAGACCCAAGGACUUUGCUGAUUACACGUGCCAAGUGUCUGUCCGCAAUGUGUGUAACAUAGAAGACAAGUCGGUCACCUUCAGGCUCACAAAUGCCACAUCUCCCCCAAUGAUCCGGCUGUCAGUGAACGACACGGUGGUGGUGGAUCCUGGGCAGGAUGUGCUCUUAACUUGUGAGGUGACAGCAGGUUUCCCCCUCCCCACUGUGGUGUGGUCGCGUUACCCAAAUGACUUUCCCCUCAGCGCCCAAGUUCGAGGGCCAACGCUGAUUCUGCGAGCCGUCACUCCGGCUGACGCAGGUUUCUACAACUGCACGGCUGUCAACAAUGUGGGCAACCCGGCGCGCAAGAACGUCAAUCUUGUUGUCAGGACAAUGAGCAACCUGACCUUCCAGAUUACACCAGACUCCAACAAGGACAGCGAGACCAUCCAGAUGGGUCGGGACCUCAAGCUGUCGUGCCACGUUGAUGCCACCCCACAGGACAAGGUCAACUACACCUGGUACAAGAACGGUGCACCCGUCUUCAACUCGGAUAGCCUGAUCUUGCUGCGCAGUGACCCAGACAUGGCACCCGGAACCAGUAGCUUGGAGAUUGUGGACAUGAAGUUCAGAGACUUGGCCACCUACAGCUGUGUGGCGAACUUCCCAGGCAGCAGGGUGCCGGAGCUCCGUGUGGAUGUCAACAUCUCUCAGAACAGUGUCUCUCCUCCAGUGCUGUCGGUUCCAACAGGAGGUCAGGUGGUCAGUGUGCGAGAGGGAGGUAACGUUGAUCUGGUGUGCUUGGUAGAUGGCAAACCACGUCCACCUAUACUCUGGUCACGGGCAGAAAAGGACCUGCUGAUGCCAUCAAACAUGACAACAAUGGAGACCCCUGAUGGCCGCUUGAGACUGAGGAACGUCAGUCGGGACAUGAUGGGGGCGUACCGGUGCCAGACUGCUCCCUACAACGGGCUUAACAUCAAACGCAGGGAGGCACAGGUCCAGCUCAAUGUGCAGUAUCCUCCCAUUCUGGACCCAGUCUUCCAGGAUGCGCGUUCAAGGAACUACCAGAUGGUGACCCUGAGGUGUACCGUCCUGCGGUCGAACCCGCCACGCCUAAUAGACAUCCGCUGGUUCCGUAACGGCGACGUCAUCCGCAUGCCCAUGCCAGACCUGAAGGAGACGCCGGAGCUGAAGUUUAAGCUGGAACCCACCAACAAUGGCUCUUAUGAGUGCCAAGUCAGCAAUAGUGCAGGGACAUCGACAUGCACAUUUUAUGUCACUGCACAACCUUACAAUGCUGAGUUCUACUUCGACACACCGAAUCCAGUGCGAAUUCUCAAAGGAAACAACUUUUCCUACAACCUGCAGUGGACACAGAAAGAUCCUGAGGCCACGGAUCGUAUCAUAGGCUACUGGGUGAAUGUCCGAAAGAACAAGCAGAAUGUGCUGUCGAAGCAGAUAGACCUCAAGGGCAAGGAGCCAGAGAAGGGAGUGCUGAUAUCCCAAACCAUAUCGGACCUGGAGAUCCCUCUGUCCUACGAGGUCCGACUGGCCCCCAUCACCACCUACAGCAUUGGGGACUACGUCAGUCGCAUCAUACAGUACUCAGAACCCUACACCUACCCAAGGCCUUCAGACAAUGUGUGUGGUUUUGAGGAUGACAGGAUUUGUGGUUUCUCUCAAGACCGGAGUGAUAUAUUUGAUUGGUCAAGACAGAAUCACCUGACGCAGAAUCCCAAGCGAUCUGCAAACACCGGCCCCGAGACUGACCGCAGUGGAACCAAGACAGGGUACUACAUGUACAUUGAAGCAUCGCGGCCGCGUGUUCAGGGGGACAAGGCUCGUCUGCUUUCACCACUUUUUAAUGUGACCUCAGUGAGGGGCCCCAAGGGCUCCGGCAGAGUCCCAUACUGUGUCUCUUUCUACUACCACAUGAAGGGCAAACAUAUGGGGACCCUCAAUGUGCUUCUGAGAGUGAGAAGCAUUGCCUCUGUGGACACGGUGGUGUGGUCGAAGUCUGGUCCUCAGGGCCCGGACUGGAGGAGAGAAUUCUUCGACAUCAGCCCCAGUGGACCCUUCCAGAUUGUGUUUGAAGGAAUUCGAGGCCUAAGCUUCGAGGGAGAUAUUGCCAUUGACGACGUGUCCAUCACCCUAGGGAAGUGCAAGCAGCAGAACACUGUAGCCAGCGCAGGUAAGACAGUUCUGAUCGGUGGAUCAAACUCGCUCCCAUUGGCCAGCUGGCUGACCUUUGGCCUCUCCUGCGUCCUGUUACUACUCUACAGAUGAUGAGCACUUCCUGCAACACCAUCUGUCUGUCGUGACAGACACUGCCCUGACUCGCGCUCUUAUACUUCUCUCUUUACCUUUCUCCCUGUCUUUACCCCUCCUUACCUGUCUCCCUGUCUGUCCAUCUCAACCGAACGUCUUUCUGUCCUUGCAUCCAUUUCAUCCUUCUUGCUUAGAUAAGUCGUAACGCAAAGUCUUUGCUAGAAUCUUCUCCUCUGCUUUCUUUCAGCGCAUACUGUAUUUAAGGUGAACAUACUUAGUGAUCUUUGAGAGGUGAAAUUCACUUUCUCCCCGUUGUCGCUCUAUUAAUCUGAUUAGAUUCACUUGAUCCAUGUCAGCGUGUCACUUUGUCACCUUUUCCUCUCCUUCAUCAACCUUCUCAUUCAUACAUGGACCCUCUCAUGUAUCUCCACUCCCUCAAACCGCAGUCCCCAACGGCCCCACCACCCUAUUCCCCAGACACAGCAAAGUGUCAGACACUCAACCAAAGAUGACAAAGGACCUGAGGGAAUAAAACGAGGGAACAGGGAUUCCAGGAAGAAAGUAAAAGAGAGAGAGAGAAAGUGGGUAAAAUCCUUCUUUUUCAGAAGACGGUCUCUCUUUCGUCCCAGCCUUUGGGACCAUGGGAGCAACUGAAUGACAAAGAGACACAUGAAGAAGAACUGUCAAAUGAAUGAAUGAAUAAACAAAUGAAUGCUGAGUGAAGGACAAACCAGAAACAGAGGAAAAAAGAAGUGUGCUCCUGGUAGCCUAUCUGCUUGCCCUCUGCUUGCCACAAGAGACAAACCUCAGUGCGGAAUAUACGUGUACAUUUAUCUCUAUAUAUAUUAAAUAUAACAAAGUUUAAACUAAAACACAACUAGGACAGUGGAGGACUUUACAAAGUGAAAUUAAAGAAGCACAACGUUUAUAUAACCUCUGCUGUUCCUUUGGGUUUUAUUCUACUUAUUAUGUGAUGUUGCAAUUUGUCAGACCUAUUCAAUGUUUUUGAUAUUUUGCUUUCUUGUUUGUUUAUGGCGUUAUAAGGGUCAAAGGCAAUGGGUAAUAAAGUAUUAUAUUAAUAUUUAUAAGAAGGAAAGAAGAUGAUUUGUGAUACAGAACCUGAAUGAAGCAGGAGGAGAGAAAGACAUGGAUGACCCAAGCCACCUGGAUAGAAACCUAAACUUCUCUUCCCACAUACUGAACACACACAUACACACACACAAACUCAAGUACGAAACACAGUUUUCCUUGCUGACAUCACAGCCAGGCCCUCAGCUCAGCCUCUGCCUCAAAUACAUGAAACAUUUAUAUGGAAAACCAUGGAUGGUAGAUGUAACUUUCACGUUUCUGCUCCCAUGCCGCAAACUUCUCAUCACUGGACAUCAUGAAUCGGAUUGAUCAGCCCAAACAGAAUAGCUGGACAUGGUCUCUAAUAAAGAAAACCACAUGGUUUGGUACAGAAAAGAGCCUGGAGGGAGUUUAUUUAAAUACUUCUUUCUCCACGGGUCCCAUACACUUCUUUCACAUGAGUGAUAGAUGGAAAAGAUUGUCAAUGUCUGGCGGGUGUGCAGCGUGCAUUGCAUAUCAGAUUCUCUGUCAUUGUUUAUUUAGCAUUGAAUGUUGUGUAGUGUAAACUGUUUUUUUCAUAUUCAUAUAGAUAUGAUUGUUAAACUUAAGCAAUACUCAUAUCUAUUGACCUAUAUACAAUAGUCUAUGAUUGCGUUUAAGAUGGCAGUUCAGUCUGCAUCAACACCAUCUUGUCCAAAGCUCAUCGAAAUGGGUAUAGCUGUAGCUAUUUCAGUCGUUAAAGGGGUAGAGAGAGUUUUCAUUUUGCUGCGUCAUGCUUCAACUUAUCUCCAGAAAGCACCACAUUCACCACUCACACUGCUUCAAUAACUGGUGUAUAAUAAUCUGCUUCAUUACCGUUUGCAUUACAUGAGAAUCAUGUGAGCACCUUAUGUACUUUUGUCUGUGUCAUGUCAUGUUGAUUUGAUCAUUGCACUUGUUUUUUGUUAUUUUUGUUUCUUUAUUGAGGUCAAUACAAAUUGUAUUAUUGAUUUUAUAAUCAUAAAUAGUACAUAACAUUCAGAAAUAAUGUGCCUAUUCGACUUUCCCAGUCAGCUGUGAGUGGCAAUUUCUAUGUUAAGCUGGUACUGAUGUGUAUUAUUGUAUGUGUAGAACAUCAUACUGUAUCAUUGCCAGCUUUUAGCUCACACAAAGCUGUGUAAGGCAUGUUUAACAAAUCUGUGAAGCUCCGCUGACCAUAGUGUAGUAUAAGAAUAUGGAAGCCAUUUAAAGCCUACUGAAGGCAAACUCUCCAUAUUCCUGUAUUCGCGUUAUCUCUGUCAUCAUAAAUUUGCUUUGGCACAAUGCGUGCACCUGAUGGCAGGUUAUACCUGAAUGAUACAAACUAUUUUAGAAGUUUUCACAAUUUGAGUGACAUACUUUUCUGUAAUGUAGCUUGGUCAAUCUGCAUUCAUAUACUCAAAAGCUAAGCUGAAAAUAUUUUCAACGUUUUAUAAUAACCUCAAAAUGCCUCGGUCAUUCUCUAAAAACACUUAGCAAAAACUGUUUUUAGGCAUUCCUUGCAACACCUCCAAUUCCACUUACUUAUUUGGCUAAGGGAAUUGGCAACAUGUGGUAUUUAAAUCCGCUUAAGUUGUACAGUAUCAUAAGCAUUAUUCAGCUAUAAAGCAGCACACUGUGGGUCAGUGCAUUACCUAUAUCUUAAUAAAUACAUUACAGAAAUAUCAUUAAGCAUUGAUGUGUAAGGUAUUUCAUUUUGCUUAUUGUCAAACCAUCCCUCAUAUUGCCCCAUAUUUCAAUGGCGGUAUUAACAGGGGAAACACUACCAUUGUCAUCAUUGCAUUUGGACGUGCAACACUGCAAAGAAACAAGACAGAAUACUGUGGAAGUCUUAAGAUGCAUUAUCUGUUACCUGUGUUCAUGUUCCCCAAAAUGACAUGCAAAAACACUUUGGUUGUGUUUUGGCUUUGUAUGACAAUUUAAAGCUCAAGUUUAAAGUGAAAGACAUUGCAUUAUUUCAUCAACCCGAGAACAGAAUAUCAAAGCAUAACAUACACCAACCCAUUGCUAAGCUUUCCUAUUAUCAUUUUGUUGACUGUUUAAGCAACAAAUUGUAAUUUUAUUUACCAAUGAGUAGUAACGUAUGUGGCAAGGUGAGAAAGUAACUGGUACUGUAUCCAUUGACUGCAUGGUAGAGCAACAGUUUUGUUUUUUUUCCAAAAAAUGAUUCCAAUUGUUUUCCAAACUGACACACUCACAACUCUGAGUCAUGACAAGCAGUGAUCGAGUCCCAGUAGGAAGGUCCUAUUGGACUUUUCAAGAGAAUGUAGACCAAGCAAUUGUCAUUUUCUUUUGAUUUGACACAAACCAUUUUUAAAAUGGUUUAGUAAUUUUACAAUAUUUAGAGUGUCAUACACCGGUAGCAGCACUUCAUUUUGCUUGUGCUGUAACUCGGUCAAAAGUGAGGUUUAUAUAUAUCUUCCAUAAUAAAAUCACAUGCUGAAGACAUUACAUAUAAUUCAAUUGAUAUGUGUUAUUUCAGUAAAAGAUAACAGAA